AAAUUUGAAAGUGAAGAUGGAAGAUUUUACUGUGGUACACGACACUGAGCAGGCAGAAAAUGAAGUAAAUUUGAAAGUGAAGAUGGAAGAUUUUACUGUGGUACACGACACUGAGCAGGCAGAAAAUGAUAUUUUCGGAGUCAUUGGCAAAGAAGACAUGGGUAUCAGUGAUGAUGAAGAUGAUUUUGAUGAACAGAAUCUUUCUCCUGAGUCUUUAAGCAGAAAGAGAGCUCGGAGGGAAUACGUGAAACAACAGAUACAGAAACGGAAGGAGCAGUCGAUUCAGGAUAUGAUUAAAAAACGAGAGGAAGAGGAAGCAAAGAAGAAGAGGUUGAAAGAGCUUAGAGAUAAGCAGUUAAAAAUAGUGCAAAAUAAUGUUAGAAGAGCAAGACAGAAACAGCUGCAGCAGCUGGAAACAUCUGAGUUAACGGAUUCUGUAGGCCUAUUUGAACAAGAUGCAACUGAAGAACUGAAAUGUGUUGAUGCUGUUGUGACAAAAAUCAAAGUUAAUGAAGAUAUUAAUAUUCAACUUAAAAAUAUGGUAUCCAUCAUGCAAAAAGGACUUUCAGAAUUUGAUAAUCAGCAAAAUAAAGAAAAUAAAGAAGGAAGCCUAAGCCACUUAACAAACGUGACUCUGAGAAGUAAGUUAACAGAUUCCGUAGCCCUUUGCCAACAAAAUUCAAGGGAAGAACCGAAACCUGUUGAUGUGACUGAAAAUAAAGUUAAUGGUGAUAUUAAUAUUAAGCUUAAAAAUAUGGCAGCCAUUCUGCAGAAAGGGCUAGCAGAAUUUGAUAAUCAGCAAAAUAAAGAAGAUAAAGAAGAAAGCCUAAGCCACUUAACAAAUGUGACUCUGAGAAUUAGGGAUACAGCAGCUUCCUCAGAACUGCCACUUCCCAAUUUUGGUGGUAAACUUUAUCAGUUGAAGAGAGGAGGACAUCCUUUGAAUGAUGGUGUUGCAGAAGCAGUAUCUAAUGAUUUCAGUUUGGAACCAGUAAUUCCGCCGCUUGAGAUGGAAGGUGCAGCUUGCCUUCAUAAAUCUCCACACUCGCAUAAUGUUGAGACACAGACGACAUCUGGAGUGAAAAAACAAAUGGCCAGAAUUCCGAAAGAUAGGAAUCUGGAAACUGCCAUUGAUUCUAACAUCAAGUUUAAGUCUACACAAAAUCUUCAGCCUAAGACUCCAUUUGUAAUAAAGAAGCAGGUUGAACCCAAAGAAACUGAUGAGAAGAAACGUGACAUAAUGGUGAGAAAGGAGGUAACUAAAGCUUUGAAAGAAUACAUGGAGACUGGAAAGAAGCAAGAACUGGCAGCCACGAAGAUACAAGCUGCCUUCCGAGGUCACAAGACGCGGAAGUCGCGUGACGUGGAAACAGUGACAGUUCAUAAACAUGCAGAUUUUAAAUGCUCUGUACCCAAAGCUUUAGACUUAAUGCCUCCAGAUAGACCGUCUAUUGAUAUCAGAAGAAAUAAGAAACUGCAGGAUGGGGAAAGGUGUUCGAACAUAGCCAAGUUUCCUACUGAUGAUCCUUUAUCAGAAUGGCUGAAACCAAUGUAUGUAGAACCAUGCCCGUACAAUGUGAUGACCGCAGUUCAGAACACUAUUCUGUCAAGAUAUGGACCAAGGCAGCCAUAUUGGGUGCAAGCAAAUUGUGAACUUAUAAACAAACAAUCAGAACCAGGACAAAGAGAUGUGAAACUUGAUCCGGGACAGGCACUGCCAGUUAUAGAUGCUUCAAAGGAGAAGACCAGAAAGCAGCCGAGAGUCCAGAGAGAGAAUGGACUGUUGUCCCUCGUGACCGACGAUGAGAGCACGCUGUGUGAAGACAGGUUGUCUGUGACCUCUUCGGCUGCUGAGGCUGGGUACAAUUCUAGCUCAGAUGAGAGCAGAGUUACAUGGAAGAAGCGUGUAAAUACGAAGUCACCUCGGGAAGUGUUGCCCAGUAGAGUUCAACCAGUGCAGUGGAAUAAAUUGGACUCAGAAAUAAUUGUUAGAUCUCCAUUUUCUGUAAGGUCAUAUCAGAACUCUAAAAAAAUGAACUUUGAAAGAAACAUUAGGCCCUUGUUUUCUGCAGGGAGACCAGCAGUUAUGCCAAAGAAAGUAAAAUACAGACAUUAUGGACUGGUUGCCCCAAAUGUAGAAUUAAGACGUAAAAACAAAAGGAUUUCAGCAGUAUCAGCUGAUGCUUCUUGUCAAGUAGAGACCUCUGGCACAGACACGUGGGAUAGUCAUCAUGUUAGGCGUAAACAUGUGGAUCAGACUCCUUCCUCUGCUGGUGUCAUACAUAAAGCCUACAAGAAGGGACAAGCUUCUUCUCCAGAGUGCAGUGAUUCUAGACCCACAGAAAAUAAUCAAGAUGGGGGAAUCCUCCACAGAGAGCAGUUUUACACAAAUUUAGCUGAAAGAGAGAAGGAGACCACAAAGAGUUUUCAGAAUAUAGUGAAAUCUGGUGUGAAGGACACAAAUGAUGAGAAGAUUAAUGCUCUUGUGGGUGAACCCUCAAGACUGCCUGGUAGUAGAAGUGUAGGUGAUAUCAUGGAAACCAGAAAAAUGCUUCAUCCGUCUGCCCUCCACUUGCUGUUCCAAGUAGAAAUGAAUCGACUGGAUUCAGUGGAGGAGUCUAGACAAUGUCUGACAGAGAUUGAAACUAUUGUUGCCCAGAAUAUGCAGGCUGUUCAAGAAAGUGAGGAAAUGCAGCAAUCACAGCGGAGGGUGGAAGACAAACAAGUACAAGCCGAGCCGACGAUCCAGACACUGAAGUCUGAUGUUCAGACACAGACACCUAACAGAAUUCAUCAGUUCAUGCAAAAUGAUAAGGCAAAGCAACCACAAAAAAAAGCUUCAACACCAAUCUUAGAAACAGUUAUGGGCCAAGAUAAGCAAGGGGAAGAAGCCUCCUCUAUCCACAAUCAAACAGUCAUUAAAUAUGAGCCAGCGUUGUCAUUAUCCGAGCCACAUGUAGCGUUCAGUAGCCCUGCUAAAGUCAGACCAUUGAGUUCACAGAAUGGAAUGGUCCCAGACACAUUGAAUCCAGUGAAAUGUGGCAGUCCCCAGAGUCCAGCCCCAACAAACAAAUACAUUUUAUUUGAGGAAGCAAAUAUUGAGAAACCUGCCAACUCAGUUUCCUUCCGAGGUGCACCAGAUGCCAUUUUACAGUCUGUUUCAGUUGAACAGCUGAUAUGGGAAAGUGAACAUACAAGAAGAAUGGUUGCUCUUGACGAUAAGGUAUUGCAAGAAGCAAGAGAAAAAAGGAAAGAACAUGUGAUGAAGGAAUUAACUGAGAAAUUCAGGAAGUGGGAUAUUAAACAUGAAAAAAUCACAGAAAUAACAGGAAAAGAGGAUAACGAACUAUUAACUCAGACAUCGGUAAGAAAUUCCAGUGAGCCAGUACGUAAUUUUAAUAAGGAUGUCAUAAUAUCUGAGGUAGCAGCUGAUCAUGCUCCGUUGCCUGUAGAACAGCAAGACAACAGUGCUGCAGAAUCCUUGCUGCAGGCCCAGCAAAGGUUUGCAAAUGUGAGCUACAAGCGUGGUUCAGAUAUUCAAGCAGAGGCGUUCUCAAAUAUCGGUAAGGAAGUAAUGGAUGUGGAGAGGACAGUUGCGGAUAACGUGGUGGACAGCACUCCUGAACUGUCCCUGCAGACUAUUAGUGAGGGAAUUUCAGAGGAAGUUGUGAGAACCAGGAGUGAGGAAUUACAAGAUUUAUGUUUCUCACCGACAUCCAGUUUCUCAGAUAUAUUCAUUAAUGAGACAGAUCAUAUUAAAAAGCUGUCAAGAAUCAAGGAGUCAUUACUAAAGAUUGAUAAAUUAAUUCUCGAAGAAAAUGAAACUGCUCAAAAGCAUGUUGAUUUGCUGAAUAAAAAAUUAAACAUUCUCAAAGAAAGGACCAGCACAAAUAUGAAACUGCUGCUGGCGGAAAUACGCGAACAUAAGGAAAACGGCAAAGAACACCUUGUACCUGGAUUAAAGAAAAAAUAUUCGUCUUUAUUAUAUAAUCUUGAACAAGGAAGGCAAGACAAUAAACGAGAGUAUGAAAAACUAAAGAAAGCAACAGUCAGAAGAAAAAUGGCACUUAAGCAGCAGAAGACUUUAAUAAAAUCAUACCUGAAAUCUGUGCAGCUGAGGGGAAGAAACUUUCAAGAGGACCACAGAAGUUCUAGUGGCCUGAAUGGUGACAGCUGUAAAAGUAUGAGUGGCAACGUGGCAGAAGACACGUCACUCCCGUCUACCGAGAGAGAAUCAGAUCUUACGUCAGAACAUUCUGUUACAAUACUACCACACUUGGCAGGGACAGAGGAUCUGAAGAUUUCUUCGAGUGAAGCUCCUAAUACUUCUCUGAAGCACGAAGUACAUGCAGAAAAUUCUGAAGAGAAAUUUAAUGGCUCCAAAGAAAUAACAUACUCUUCUCCACAGACUGAUGCUGGUAUUGAGCUAAGUGAUUUGGAGAGUCGAGUGAGGGGUCUUCAUAAACAACUUCACAAGAAGAAGAGUGAAGCAGAGAAGCUUUGGAAAGAGCAACAGAGGAGGAAGAAGGAACGGCUGAGAAUUAAGGAACAGUCACUUCUGAAGCAGAUUCAAGCUUAUGAUGCAUACAUUGACAAAACCAAGAAAGAGCUUGAGGAUAAAAAGGAUCAUUCUACUGACACAUCUUGUCGUUCUGGAAAACCCUGGAUUCAGGAUCACAGUCAACAUGAUGCAGAACCAGCCGGUGAUUCAAGUACUACAUCAUCAGGGAAAAAAUUGUUUGAACAGGUACAGGACAAAUACAAAGAAAAGAACUCAAGCAGAGGCGAUCGUGAGUCGACGUCAAGAAGUGGUAACCAGCCACAGCACACAAGUGUGCUGGCAGAUAUAAGGAAUCAUGAAUUUCAUGACUCAUCUGAUGAUACAAAUGUAAGCAUACAGCUCAGAAAAUCUUUACAGGCGGUAAUGAAUGAGAGUAGUACGUCUUAUAAUUCAAGUAUAGAAACGUGUUUAAGUAGUACUUUGAAGAAUGAUGACUUGGAGGAUGAGAAAGAACUGGAAGAUGUAUUAGAAGAACAAUCUGAAAUAGUGUCUGUAAUAGAAGAAGAAGUACAGGUUGAGGAGAAUGAUUCAGAAUUAAAUUCUGCAAUUCACAACCAGAAUUUUGGACCCACAGUUCAAGAAAUACCUGAGUCAGAGUCUGUUAUUCAGGAACUGUUAGUUUCAAAACAACAGUUGUCAGUUCAGGAAACUGAAACUGCGGAGGAAGUGGAGUCAAUUCCAGAAGAAGUAAGCAAGACUGUGACAACAAUAGAGGAGAAUAAGGACUUGGUUGAAUCUCUGGAAGCAGAUCUGCAGGAUGCUGGACAGUGGUCACACUCCACCCUUAAUCUCAGCAAAGAAAGAAUUAUUUCUAACGUCGUUAGCUCGCUGAAAGACUCUGUUCAGCUCAGUACUGACAGCAUUACUGACGAUAUUGAAGAAGAUUUUGUGGUAGAAGAAAUCCCUGAGGCUGAAGAAGAAAUAGAAAACAUUCCCAAAACAAAAGAUAGAAUUUCCGAAUCGGACGAAGACGUUCCGGAAACAGAGGUAUCUAAUAGUUUAAAUGCUGUUUCAGAUGUUUCUGACAUGCUAUUUCAGGAGGAUGAUCGUAACUGUGAUGUAAGUAAGAUGAAAGAAAAAGCUGAUGGAGGAAUCUGUGAUAAGAUUGAAAGAAUUACUGAUGUAAUUUUUGAUGAACUUUUAAAUGAGUCCUUGAAGGUACUUUGUAGAAAGGAUGCAAAUAACAAACGUACCUUGGAAGUGUUUGACAAAAAUGAAUAUGAAAGCCAGAAUAUAGAAGAAACAAGAAAGGAAGCUGAUCUGAUCGAUCAAAGUCUAAAUAACGAUUAUGAAAACGAUGAUUUUGUGACAGCGGUCAAGCAAAAUGAAAACAAAAAUGUGGACAGGGUUGAUAAUAUUACUAAUGCAAUACUUGAACAACUUCUGGUAGAAUCUUCAGCACUUUUUUAUUCUAAAAAAUCUAAAAUAAAUGGUUCCAUAAACAUAUAUGAAGACCUGGCAAGUACGUGUGAUGGACAGACAAGCACCAGAGAUGUAGCAGUUACAGGAACUCCGGCCCCACUCGGAUCUGCAGACACAUGUGGCAUAAAUAUUAGGAAACGUGUCAACGAAAUACUUACAGAAGCAUCUGGCUGUCUGUCCGCUACGAGAGAGAAAUCACGACUACAGGAUUUCAUGAUUACCACAUAUGAUGUCUUAUCACCAGAGGAAACGCCAGAUCCAGGUUCGCCUAUCAGGGAGGUAGUUGACAGGCCUGUAAUUGGUGUAUCAGAUGACACCGAGACAGAGCAGAAGGUGGAACUAGAAAUAUCAACAAGUGGAGAGAUAGAAGGUCUUGAUAAUGAGUGGUUUGAUGAAGAUUAUGGUCUCAGUCACACAAGGCGAGAAGCAGCGGAACUACGUCUACAGCAGCUACAAAUUGAACAAGAAAUCCAAGAACUUGAACAAGCACAGGAACAACUGCCGUAUCUCUACAUCCGAGAGAUCCCGAAUAAACCGCCUCCGCCAUACACGCCACCGGGGCAGACCACCGCACCAUGCAAGCAAGACCCGACGAGCGAAGAAGAACCGCAUUUUAUUCCUUCUACGGCAGACGAACUGAUGAGCCUCGCUGUGGAAGUGAUCAGUCACUUACAUACCUUACAGACGACUGGUGGUGACAUACAGCAUGCAGAAGUUCCGCCUGUAUUUUAUGACGAAAAUAAUACGGCUAAUUCGAGUGAUGUUAAGAGAUCCAGCAGAAGGAUUUUUAAGAAACUGAUUUUUGAUUUAACAAAAGAUCUAGUAAAAGAAGCGUAUGGUUCGGCACGGGAGAAUCCAUGUGCGCCGUGGGACUGGCCUGCCUUCUCAUGUAACAGAAAGAAACCACCUCCAAGAUCCAAGGAGAUGCUGCAAGAAGUGAUCUUGAAGAAAGUGCUGGAUUUGUUCGGCUUUGCACCUAAAGUGUAUAAGGAAAAACUCGUAAUUCGAUGGAGUCGUAAGAAGAGAGAUUAUGUAGAUGAAAUUCUCAUGAAGGAAUCUCACGAGGAGGAAUCCGCAUGGACAGAUUAUGCCGAAGAUGAAGUGACUGUGAAAAAUGAAAUAGCGCUGGGAUUGCUCGACUCUUUGCUUGAUGAGACCGUGAAGAUUAUUUUAGACAUCAGGAAGUCGAAACUGAACAAGUCUUAAGUUCCAACAGAAGUGACAUAAAUGUAUAAUUUCUAGUCAUAACAUUCCAAUAAGGUUGUGAGUCAGACGUCGUAGACGGAGACAUCUGGUUUUUUUAUAUAAAAUGCUCUGUGCAUAUUUGCAGUUUGCGUUCAUUAAUAAUCCCAAUAUUCGGGUAAUUAAUUUUCUGUGUUUUUAACGUGAAUUUAUUAAGUGAUUAUUGUGCCUGUUGAUAUAUAAAAAUUGAAGAAUAAAUUAUUUGGACAUAAAA